UGGCUGUCUCUUAACUUUACCCUUAUCUAACCCACAAACUCAAAGGCAAAGCCCAAGACUCAGAUUAUCAUCUUGAGAUAACCUCCAAAAAUGGCGUCUUUGGCUCAACAAUUCGCAGGCCUCAGAUGCCCACUACUCUCCGCCACGCAUCUCUCUAGAAGAAAACCAUCAUCACUAAACUACCAGAAGCUCACUUCUAAAAGUAGAGUCACUGUCUCAGCUGUGGCAAUUUCAAAUGCACAGACUAAAGAUAGACUGGAGCUCAAGCGCCUUUUUGAAGAAGCUUAUGAACGUUGUCGUACUGCCCCCAUGGAAGGUGUCUCCUUUACUCUUGAAGAAUUUCAUUCUGCUCUUGAGAAGUACGAUUUCAACUCUGAAUUGGGUGCAAAGGUAAAAGGAACAGUUUUCUGUACAGAAAAAAAUGGGGCAUUAGUUGACAUCACUGCAAAGUCUUCAGCAUAUUUGCCUGUUCAAGAGGCAUGCAUUUACAGAAUGAAAAAUGUGGAAGAAGCAGGUAUUGUUCCAGGUUUGAAAGAUGAGUUUGUGAUAAUUGGUGAAAAUGAAGCUGAUGAUAGCUUGAUCUUGAGCUUACGGUCAAUUCAGUAUGAGCUUUCCUGGGAAAGAUGCAGGCAACUUCAAGCUGAGGAUGUUGUUGUGAAGGGUAAGGUUGUUAAUGCAAAUAAAGGUGGAGUGGUUGCUGAGGUGGAGGGCCUACGUGGAUUUGUCCCUUUCUCACAGAUAUCAUCGAAAUCAACUGCAGAGGAGCUUCUGGGUAAGGAUCUUCCUCUAAAGUUUGUAGAGGUUGAUGAGGAACAGUCUAGGCUUGUCCUCAGUAACCGCAAGGCCAUGGCUGACAGCCAGGCACAGCUUGGAAUUGGAUCAGUGGUCAUUGGAACUGUACAGAGUCUGAAACCAUAUGGUGCAUUCAUUGACAUUGGUGGUAUUAAUGGCCUUCUCCAUGUCAGUCAGAUAAGUCAUGAUCGUGUCUCAGAUAUUGCCACUGUUCUUCAACCUGGUGAUACUCUGAAGGUCAUGAUAUUAAGCCAUGACCGUGAGAGGGGUCGAGUAAGUCUUUCUACAAAGAAGUUGGAGCCUACUCCAGGAGACAUGAUUCGCAAUCCAAAACUUGUUUUUGAGAAGGCUGAGGAGAUGGCACAGACAUUCAGGCAGAGAAUUGCUCAAGCAGAAGCCAUGGCUCGUGCAGAUAUGCUUAGAUUCCAGCCCGAGAGUGGCUUAACUCUCAGCUCUGAUGGAAUUUUGGGUCCACUUUCAUCGGAUUUGCCAGCUGAGGGCUUAGAUUUGGGUGAUGUUCUAUUGGCUGAAGAUUGAAAAUUUAUACAGAGAUUGCCCCCUCUGUAAUCCUAGUUGCAGAAACUCUGGUGAGCGAAAUAUUUAACUAAAGGAAGUUUCAUCUUAAGUCAUUAUCCAAUGUCUAAUUAAAGUCUGUUGAACAAUGAAAGUUUUGUAAAAUCUUACGAGACUUAUCCUAUUACAACAGUAAAUUGCAUGGCAGUAUAUUCCUUGAUUAGCCUACACUGUAAUUAUCAUAAGCUGGUGCUCAUGUUAUUUGAAGGCAUGCCCUUUGUAUAUUUCUUACAAAAUAGGGCCUAAACUUGGUAUUCAUUCUCUUCUGAAGAAUUAAAUAUCCUCAAUAAAGGUUGUUUUGUAGCUUUUCUCGUU